GACUCGAGGAGAGACAAGAAGCGAUGGAGGUGUCCAAGCUCACGAUAGCCACGCUGCUGCUCGGCCUGGGUUUAGCGGUAUGCGCGUGUGCGCUGGUGGGCGUGGGCGCCUGUCUGCCCGUGCACGGCUCAGUACUGGAAACUCUGCUGGGGUCAAAGAUCCUCAUGUCGGGGACUAUGGGGUCCACAAUUCUGAGGCCAUCCCUAGAUACCAGUGGUAAUAGUUCUGACAUUCUGGGGUCAACCUCGGUGGGGUCAGAAACUCUGGAGUCAGAGUUUCCAAUAUCAAAGUUACCGGUGUCAGGAUCGUUGGGCUCAGGGUGGCUGACGUCGGAGUCUCUGGGACUGGGGGCCCGGGUCGCCUGUCUCGGAGGUGGUGCGCUUCUCAGCCUCAUCGCCCUGCUUCUCGUGGUGGCCGCCUGGUAUCAGUUGUGGCCCCUCCUUCUCCUGUUCAUGGCGCUUGCUGUGUUCCUGAGUCUGUCUGCAAUCGUCGCUGCUCAAUAUUUCAUCCCAGAUCCCGAGCUGGUUGCCUGGAUUCGGGCGCGGGGCUCACAGCUUCUUCGGCACGAGUUUGAAUCCAACCUCGUGCUCGCAUCAGCAUGGAACCAUGCAAUGUCAGAGUUUCAGUGCUGUGGGUUCAACAAUGCCUCAGAUUUCGACACCAUCCCCAAGGUCUGCUGUGGGCCACAUCUCAGCUUAACCUGUCAGCCAUAUCCACAGGGCUGCCUGGACAAAUACAUUGACAUCCUGCAGGACCACAAAAGAGUCUUCAUCCAAGUCGCCAUAAUCUCUACACUCAUGCUGGCUGUUGCAGUGGUAAUGUGCAGCCUUCAACUCUACAAACUCAGCAAGGAGAUGACGAAGUCUACACGAAACGUUUAUGAGUCCUCAGAAGAUGUAGCUCCGUUGCUCUAACGGAAUUGCCUGUCCCUACCCUCACAAAAAAAGUUUUGGAUGGCGAUUGUAUGUCAUGGUCAAAGACCAUUUAAGGUUUUUCGCAAUUAGAUAUGUGUCGUAUUAUAUGAUUAAAACAUAAUUUAUUUCUAAUCAAUUGUUUCCCAAAAUCAGUGAGUGUGUAUUACAGUGUUAUUUUAUAACACUGUAAUACAGUGUUAUUUUAUAACACUGUAUUACACACUGUCCACUGAAAUGCAUUAGCUAAGUGUGUGACUGUAGUGCUGAUCAUGAUACAGUGAAUCGAUUAUUUUGUAACAAUCAAUAAUUUUACAUUUGAUAUGUCGCACAGUGGUUAGUUUACUGUGAUAUGAACCCGGCAACUUGAGUUCGACCUUUUUGAUUUUGAUAAUAUACAAAGUUGUUUCAUAAUACAUACACAGACAGUUAAAACAUGCCAAUUGGGUUGUACGCUUUAUUAAGGGCGAUUUGGGGCGGUGACAUGGGCUAGUAGUAGCACGUUCGCUUGUUGUUGCAGAUGUUCACAGUUCUAAUCCAGUGCCCACCCUGAUUAAUACUGCAGGUCUAUUCACCAAAAGCAUGCUCCGUCUACUUCACAGUGGAUGUUAAAGAACCUCUGAUGUAAUUUGCAAGUUAAUUGAUUGAUUUGUAUUUGUUUACGCGGGUAAGAAACAAACUACAGUAGUUUACAAUAAUGUCCCGCAGAGUAGCUUGGUGAAAAAUUAAGUUCCAGCAGCGUAUAAAGCAUAACAAUGCAGACAGUGAGUAGCAAACACAUUCGAGGAAAACAACAUUCAAGCCACUCAAGAAACACGGCCAACACCUAAAAAUAACACCAACACGUACGGGGUUCGCUCACC